CAAAGAACGUUGAUAAUAUAACCUUAGCGAAAAUUAUCACUCACGAUGUCCUUUCCAGUUGAUCAUUUCCAGUCUGUUUUGUAGUCAUGGCAGAUCCUGGAGUUCAAGCUCCUCUGCAUAAGAACGCCAAAGCAACCCGCCCUCGGAUAGAUAACUUUAUUAACUCGAAGAGAUUUAAAGAAGUGAACCUACUGAAUCUCCUUUAUCCCGCGACUACCUCGGCUGAUUUGACCCACUGGGCGUUGCCUGGAGGCAACGGUGCUUGGGAGAAAUGGACGUUCUCAGAGAUAAUCAAGCAACAGUUCACUCCUACGAAAGUCGGCACGAAUUUUGGACCCACUUGGGCUACCCACUGGUUCAAGGUGGUGUUGACGCUGCCCGAGGCCUGGAAAGGCAAGCAAAUCAGAUUUCGCUGGGAUUCUGGAUCUGAAGCAACGCUUUGGAGCUCUGAUGGUAGAGUCUUGCAGGGUUUCUCUUCUGCAAACGGUGACCAAUUUCGCACGGACUAUGUCAUUACGCCGAACUUCGAUGGGUCUGAAGAAACGCUUACUUACUACGUCGAAAUGGCUUCAAGCAGAAUCCUGGGCACCACCAACGGCGAUGAGAUUGACCCCCCUCCAACCGACAAGACCUUUACGCUCACUAGGGCCGAGGCUGCUGUGUUUGACACGACCGUUUACAAGCUCACUCGAGAUUUGGAAGUGCUGCAUCAGCUUUCCACGGAGCUAGCCUCAGAUACCAUCGGCUACAUGGCUUUAUUCACUGCCAACCAGAUGGUCAAUCACAUCAUUGCUGGCAAAGAAAAAGAAGCCAGCGAUUUGGCCGACUUGUACUUCAGUAAAAGCAACGGCGCUCGAGCGCACAACUUGGCUGCUAUAGGAAACUGCCACAUCGACUCUGCGUGGCUGUGGACUUACUCGGAGACCAAGAGGAAAGUGGCCCGCUCCUUCUCUUCGCAGCUACAACUCAUGGACAAAUAUCCCGAAUUUAUUUUCGUGGCUUCUCAGGCUCAGCAAUGGGCGUGGUGCAAAGAGUUCUAUCCGGAGCUCUUCGACCGUAUAAAAGAACGCGUGUCGCAAGGCCGCUUCUUGCCGGUGGGAGGAACGUGGGUGGAGAUGGACGGCAAUAUCCCCAGUGGGGAGAGCUUCGUGCGUCAGUUCUUGCACGGCCAAGGCUUCUUUGAGAAGGAACUCGGCGUGCGAUGCCGCGAGUUCUGGCUACCUGACACCUUCGGCUACUCCCCACAGAUACCAGGGAUAAUGAGGCACGUUGGACUGAACCGUUUCCUGACUCAAAAGAUGAGCUGGAGUUUCGUCAAUAAAUUUCCUCAUCACAACUUCACUUGGGAAGGCAUUGAUGGAUCAAAAGUUCUCGCUCAUUUCCCUCCUGGCGACUCGUACAGUAUGAAUUGCAACGUGAAAGAAGCCCUCCACACGGAGGCCAACCUGCGUGACAAGGGCCGAGCGUCCACGUCGGCCUUCCUCUUCGGCUACGGUGACGGGGGUGGCGGCCCCACCGAAGACAUGAUCGAGAGGGCGCGGCGCUUGGCCGAUGCUGACGGCUGUCCUAGGAUGCAGAUGACAACUCCAGACGCGUUGUUCUCGGCACUGGAGAAGGAGCAACACAACUUCGCCGUGUGGAGAGGAGAGCUGUACCUGGAGCUUCAUAACGGCACCUACACUUCACAGGCAGCGAUGAAACGCCUGUGUCGGGAGGCCGAGUUUGCGCUGCGCGACGCAGAGUUCUUGCUUUGCAUGGCGUCGGCUGGAGGGAAAGGCGGAGACCUGCUCAUCAGAUCACUCGUAGAACUCGACGCUGCCUGGAAGAAAGUUAUGCUAAAUCAAUUCCACGACGUCCUGCCUGGCUCUGGAAUAGAAAUGAUUUAUCCAGAGGCCACGAAGCUCUACCAUGAAGCUAUAGCAGCUGCUGACACAGUGUGGAAGAGUUCUGCAAUUACCGUUCUGGGUGAUAAAUCCACUUCUGGACGGAGCUUGUGGGAUGCGUCCAUAGGAAGCUUCUUUCGAAGCGGAGAUGCGAGCCAAUUGUUGGCAUUCAACACCCUGCAGUGGCCAAGGCGGGAUGUUGUGACCGUGCCGACCAGUGAAGGAGAUCCGAAGGAUCUCAACUACGCCUUGGUCGCCGUGCCUGCCUUCGGCUUUGCUGUCAUGGAGGCAGCUGCUCCCACUAACCCUGUAACGCUCAGUGAAGUUAACGGGAGUUACAUCCUUUCGAACGGCCUUGUCCGGGCUGUCAUUUCCAGCCUAGGACAAUUGACGAGUCUUGCGGUGGGUGAAGAUGUUGACCGCGAUGUCUUCAUGACGUCAGACGGACAGCAGCUCACGGGCAACAGGAUUCUGCUUUACGACGAUCAGCCGUUAUACUGGGAUGCUUGGGACGUCAUGGACUAUCAUCUGGAGACAGAGACUUGCAUCAACGACGCCACCGUCUCCACACCGGUGAGCAUUAAGGAGCACACCGCACUGCGCUGUACCCUCUCAUGGGGCUGCUCCGUGGGACGAUCUUCUUCCCUCCUUCAGGAAAUUUCCCUAUCAGCCGACAGUCCCUACGUAGCAUUCAAAACCUCAGUCAACUGGACUGAGAACCGCAAGCUGCUCAAACUUGGCUUCAAUACGAGCCUUAAGACGACCUUCGCCACGUACGACACGCAGUUCGGGUCCCUGGCUCGUCCUACGGUUGUUAACACCUCGUGGGACUCGGCGCGAUACGAAGUCUGCGGACACAAGUACGCGGAUUUAUCAGAGUCCGACUGGGGCUUGGCAGUGCUGAACGACAGCAAGUAUGGCUGGAGCGGCCGCGACUCCACCCUGACUCUGACGCUGCUCAAGUCUCCUAAAGCGCCAGACGCAAACUGCGACAUGGGCGAGCAUUCCUUCGCAUACGCUGUCAUGCCGCAUGCUGGUCCUCUAUUCUCAAGCGACGUGGUGCAGCGCUCCUACGAGUUCAACAAUCCUCUGAAGAUUAUGACUGCCAACAACGUAGCGCCGUCGCCCGCCUCUAUGUCGUGGUGUGCGGUGGUGGGCGCUGGCGUGGUGCUGCACACCGUCAAGCCCGCCCAGGACGGCAGCGGUGACGUCAUCCUGCGCGUCUACGAGUCCAGGGGCACGCGCAGCAACGCUCAGCUGCAGUUGAUGCUGCCGGUGAAAGGCGUGGUGGAAUGCAACGGCAUGGAAGACCCUGGCAAAGUUGUUGACUUCGUGGCCAAAGUUGGAGGCGUUUCAUUCCUUGUCAAGCUCACUGCUUACGAUAUUCGUGCCUUUAGAAUUAGUUUUUAAGGAUCCUCAUUUUCCGGUCGUUUAUCUCGUUGUUGCUUGGAAAUGCAAUAUCUUCCUAGUUUUAUCAGCUGUAAUAUUUAAUCACCGCUAUUUAGGUAUAUACCUAAUUUUUGUAAGAUUUAUAAGCUUAAGAUAACAAUACUUUCAUGUAACGUCUGUCCUAUAAAAUUUUCUACGUGGAGGACUUCUCGUUCCAGCUCGUCGCCUCGGUUAUGAAAAUCCAAAUAGAAGCGUCUACAAUCAAAAAUGAAUUUUCUACUGUCGAAGAAAACCGUUAGGGUGGUUGACUUGUAUAACUUUACAGUGAAUUGAAAUGUAUGUGUUGAUAUUUUCAAUAAUAUUCUUGAGAUAUUUUUAAAAGGAUUAUAGUUACUCUUCAAUAAAGUUUUGAACAAGAACCUUUA